AGUCCCCCCGAAGUGUCGACCACCAACACCUACCGUAACCGAAAUAUUCGACGCCUACUACGACCUCGAAGAAUCCGCGGAAGAGCCCGUUGAAAGUGUUGCUUCUGGCUCUGAAGAAGGAAAAAUCGACCUAGAAGUCCUUCUCCAACGACUAGUUACUGAAUGCGAAGCCAUCACACGAAAGUGGGCUCCGGAAGAAGUCGUCCAAGAACCUCCGCAGGAAAGUGGUGUUGAAAAGGAUGAAAACGUCGAUUCGAAAGAACAAUUCGAUCCUGGUGGGUUUGACCCAAGCGGAAUAAUAGUGGAAAAGGAUUUGGAAAAAGCUAAUGAAAAGUGGAAGAAAAAAGUUAGAGUAUUUUUAGGCGAAAACGAGGGUGACUUCGAUGAAAAUAAGAGGGAAGAAUUCGUACCACCUCGAGCCCCGACGUUCGACGCUGCCCCUGGUCAAGUCGUAGCAUGGUCCAUGGACAAAGAUGAAGAACAAACGAAGGGUUCCGAAACGUAUACGCCGUGGGAGAUCUUGAUUCGGAAAUCUUGGUCUACUGAAACAAAGGAGAAGUGGAAUGAAACUCGCGUAUAUGACCCCGGGGGAAAACAACGAAUGACCUUUACUGGGCUUACCCCU